AUGCAUGCCUCUCUGCAUUUCAUCAGUACUCCUCUGCAGACCUCUUCCACUCUUAAAACUCCCAUCAAAACACAUACACACACAACUCAAAACGCGGUAGUCUGCAAAAUCCUCAUCAACCCGACGAGGAAAACACUACCUCCAGAAACUCAGAAACCAUUGAAACCACCUCUACCGCUACCAAAUACAAAACACUUGGUCGAGCCAGAGCCUGAGAUAGUGAGCCCAACCAAACCCUGUUACCCUUCUCACUUAAACCCACUUCAGAAACUAGCAUCCAAAGUAUUAGACAAACUAGAAGCCUCAGUUAUAAAGCCUCUAGAAAAGAUGCACAAGUUGCCCAGGACUAUCGACCCGGAGGUUCAGAUAUCCGGCAAUUUCGCGCCGGUGUUGGAGUGUCCGGUUCAGCAUGGCCUUGAAGUACUAGGUCAAAUUCCGGAUUGUUUACAUGGCGUUUACGUCCGUAACGGGGCUAAUCCUAUGUUUAUGCCCUUGGGCGGGCAUCACUUAUUUGACGGAGACGGCAUGAUCCACGCGCUCACUUUGGAUGUGGGAAACAAAGCUAGCUACUCUUGUAGGUACACACGCACGAGCCGGCUCAAGCAAGAAGCCAAGCUAGGGCGGCCGAUGUUUCCGAAGCCUAUUGGUGAGAUUCAUGGUUACGCGGGUCUGGCUCGACUCGGCUUAUUCUUGGCUCGAGCUUCUCUCGGCUUGGUUGACGGCUCACAAGGCACCGGGGUGGCUAAUGCCGGUUUGGUCUACUUCAACGGACGCUUAUUAGCCAUGUCGGAGGAUGACCUUCCUUACAAUGUCAAAAUCAAAGUUGAUGGUGAUCUCGAAACUAUUGGACGGUUUGAUUUCCACGGCGGUCUCGACCGGCCCAUGAUUGCCCAUCCAAAGGUUGACCCGGUGACCGGUGAGCUCCACGCGCUAAGCUACGACGUGGUAAACAAACCAUACCUAAAAUACUACAAGUUUGACAAAUGCGGGAGAAGGUCACGUGAGGUGGGAAUCACACUAGAGCGACCUACAAUGGUGCAUGACUUUGCCAUAACGGAGAACUAUGCCGUGAUUCCGGAUCAGCAAGUUGUUUUCAAGCUAUCGGAAAUGAUGAAAGGCGGGUCGCCGGUAAUCUAUGACCCGGAAAAGGUGUCUCAGUUUGGAAUUUUGCCCAAGAACGAUGAAGGGUUGGGGAUUCAAUGGAUAGACGUACCCGAUUGCUUUUGUUUUCAUUUUUACAAUGCAUGGGAGGAAACUUCUGACUCGGGUGACCCGAUCAUUGUUGUCAUUGGUUCGUGCAUGAAUCCGCCGGAUUCUGUUUUCAACGAGCACAAUACCGAACCGAUGCAGGUGGAACUAUCGGAGAUCCGGAUGAACAUGAAGUCCGGAGAGUCCAGUCGGCGGGUCAUUGUUUCGGGUUUAAAUUUGGAAGUAGGGGUGGUGAACAAGCAGCUCCUAGGGCAAAAGACUAGAUAUUUUUACAUGGCUAUAGCCGAGCCAUGGCCCAAGUGUUCGGGAAUUGCAAAGGCGGAUUUGGAAACCGGUAUGGUGACAAAGUAUUUGUACGGUACCGGCCGGUUUGGGGGUGAGCCGUUUUAUGUACCCAAAUCGAGUAGUAGCAGCGUGGGAAAGAAUAGAGUACAGGGGGAAGAUGGUGAUGAGGGAUAUCUGAUGGGUUUUGUGAGGGAUGAGGAGGAGGAGAAAUCAGAGAUGGUAAUCUUGGAUGCGUCAACAAUGAAGCAAGUAGGUUCAGUAAGAUUGCCUGCUAGAGUUCCUUAUGGAUUCCAUGGUACAUUUAUCAGUGAACAAGAUUUGAAGGAGCAGGCUUUGAGCUAAUCUGUAAUUA